AACCAUAAAUUUGAUUGAUUCAACUCAUCAUCAGAGAAAAAAAAAAGAAGAGUUUUGUUUUUGAUACAGAGAUGAGUACUGCAAUUGAAGAUCAGACUAAGAACCCCAUCUCAAGAGAGACUGUUGAUUUUGAAAAAGAGUUGAAGAAAGGGGAUAAAACUAGUGUUGAAAUGGAGGAGGAAGCACGGAUAACAACUGAAGAUGUAAUAAGAGCAGGUGGGUUUGGUGCAAGAGAUGAUAUUGGAAGUUUUCUACCAGUUGCAAUGGAUUCUACUGAUUUUGAAGCUUCUAUUCGCGAUGCCCGUGGCUACGAAGACGAAGAAGAAGAUAAUGUCAUCAAUCGAGAUCCAGAAACAACAGCAAGUAAAAUACAAGAACAAGGGCAGUCUAAAAGGCCAGGUCUUGGGUGGACUUCUGCUGUUACUACAAAUUAAUCAAGUAGUAGAAGAAGAUGAUAUUGUAAGCUUUUAUUUGUGUGUUAAUCGAAUUAAAUUAGAUUUACUUUGUUUAAGUUGCUUAAAUUCUGCUGUACUUGGACGACAUUGCUAAAUUAGAAUGUAUCAAGUAGAAAUUGCAGGUGAUUUCAGAAAAUUAAAGGCAUAUUUUUCUUGCUGA